UUUGCAACCUAAAACAGAGCGAACUCACAAACCAUAUUGCUAAAUUUUCAUCAAAUUCAAUGGAAGAUUCAAGCUUGACAGACCCUACCCUUCCAACAGAACUCAUCACUGAAAUCCUCUCAAGGCUUCCAGUUAAAACCCUGGUGCGGUUCAGGUCUGUCUCAAAAUCUUGGCUUGCUUUGGUUUCUAGCCCUGAAUUUGUCAAAACCCAUCUUAGUGUAUCUGCUAAUAACAAAGAUUACACGCACCACAGGCUUGUGUUGACAGCGGGUGGGAAUAUAUUCAGUUCUCGUGAAAUCGACUACUUUCUUAGGGACUGUUCUCUUAGUUCUUUACGUAAUGAUUCUGUGACUGAGGCAUUUCGCUUGAAUUAUCCCAUGAAUAAACCCCACAAAAGUGUUACUGUUGUGGGUUCGGUUAAUGGAUUGAUUUGUCUUGCCAUUGAUGAUAUUGACUUGUUUCUAUGGAAUCCAUCAGUUAGAAGGUACAAGAAUUUGCCUCAUCCUAGACCUACAGUUUAUCAUUUCGGUUGGUUCAAAUAUGGUUUUGGAUAUGAUGAGUCCAAUGAUGAUUAUAAGAUAGUAGGUAUAUUUAGAAAUCACGACAAUGAAAGGUUGCAUCAUGUUGAGAUCAAAAUAUAUAGUCUAAAGAGUAAUUCUUGGAGAAGUAAGAGUGAUAUUCCCGAUGAGAUGCGAUUCUUUGAAACAGGUAAGUUUGUAAAUGGGAAGCUUCAUUGGGCUGGGGAGCUUCAUUGGCCUAAUAAUUGGGCUUUUCAUAAGAACUGGAACAUCAUUUCUAUUGAUUUGGCUGAUGAGAAAUGGGGAAAGGUGGAGCAGCCCCGCUAUGUAGAAGUUGAUUUUUGUUUGGAGCUUGGAGUAUUGGGAAGUGAUCUUUCAAUGAUUUGGAAGUAUUCCGUAAGUCACGCAGAUGUGUGGGUUAUGAGAGAGUAUGGGGUUAAAGAGUCUUGGACAAAAAUGUAUACUGUCAAAUAUCCUAGUUAUGUGUAUUCUUCUUUUAUUGAUCCAACACUUUGCAUGUCAAACAAAGGUGAAAUAUUGCUUGUGCCUGGAUCGACUUUAAUGGUACGCAAUCCGGACUAUGAACUGAUCAGAUAUCCAAAGAUUGUCAACUUUCAUUCAUGUGUUGCGGCGGACGUCUACGUUGAAAGCCUAGUUGUCCCCUAUUACAGAACGAACCAAGCACACAACAAAAAUUGAAGGCGGCAGAAGCUCAGAUGAAUGACAAUGCUAUAGCUAAUGACUUGAGAUGAAAGCUGAUGUUAGGAACAACUAAUCCACUCCUUAUUGAUUUGCAUGGAUCAAAAUGAUCAAGUAUGGUUUUCCUCUGUUGUCAAAGUUCAUUGUGAUGCGUUAAUGUCAUUUCCAUGUCCAUAGAGUUAGACUUAACUCAAUUUUGGUUGGU